AUGGCAAUUCAGUCUGGCGCGUCGCAGUUGGACGAAUUUGUGUUUACGCUCCUCUGCAAGUGUCCCCCGGAACUUCUUCACCGUCUACUGAGUACUCUGUCAGGCAGUCUUGAGGAACAUCUUUCUGUCGCGCGGCGAGAGCAGAAUCUGCUUCGCCUCUUACGCAUUGGGCUGCAACAGCAAACCUCACCAGCCUCAACUUCGGCCGAUGAAUCAGACAGUACAAGCUCCUUCCUUGCCUGCCGACACGGUAUCGCUCGGUUUGUGCGAUCUGUCGCGCGGGUAUACACCAGCAUCGUGCUGGGUCUUGCUCCGGAUCAUUACAAGAAGAAACCUCGACUAGCCUCCCAGUCACAACCCCUGGAAUUAUGCCGUCUCGUGUUUCUCCAUCUGGCACCUGUGGCUUGUGUGGAACUGUCACUUCUUGCUGUGGGCCUGUUGAGUCCCGUUCGAACUGGUGGUCUUCGACCCUUUGCCACCUACACCUUGACAUCCCAGACAAACGAGGCUAUCCACGCCUUUGACCAGGUGAUUACGAGCGAGCGCGUGCAGGGCAUACGGAGGCAACCAGCUGGGAGCAGUAUCGACUGUCCCAAUGGUAUUGUCCGACGGUCCAUGUACAAAGAUCCCAACUAUCUGCCCUCCUGGAAUGCAAAGCAGCACUGUUUGGCUGCCUCAACCACUACAGGGGAAGAGGAGGAAGGGAGCAAGACUGUGGAGGACGGACGCGAAGGUAGCGCAGCCGGUGCUUGCAAUAAGCCUGGCGCAGUCGUCGCCGGUGCCGCAUCUACCGACAGUCGAUUUUCAGAUGCCACGAAGAAGGCCGAGAAGACGGGGAAGGAGGCAGCCCCUACCACUGAUGACUCGAGUGGAGUAUCGACUGCCGCACAACUCCGCGUUUUCAAUGUUUCGGCGAUGAUCGAGAGAUCGCAACCGGUUGAUCUGAGCACAAACAUUUCAGCAGGAGAGGCUGGAGUUGAGAACUUGACGACACCUACCAUGAACUUGGCGGCUGCUCCAGAUGAUGUUGCCUGCCCAGACUCUGAAUCUGAUGAUGAGACUGCAGUUGACACUCUUCCUCCCUCCCGUCUUCGCUCGGUCCUUGACAAUGAGAGAAUGACUGUCGGUAGUAGCACUUCUUCAUUACGUGGUUACACUCCUAGACCCCAUCGUCGCACCUAUCGUACCGGCUUUGCUGAGGAUACUCGCAAUCCCUCUAACAGAAGCCCCUUGGCUCGUCACUCACGCCGAGGCCUGACGGACGCAGAGGAUGAAGAGGACGACAUAACAUCUCUCAUUUCUCCCCCCGAAGUCAUUGAAAGCGAUGACCAGGACCCAAUCGCCGAAGCACUAAGUGUUGGCUUGCGUCCUCAGCAGGACUCUGAUUCGGAGGGCACUGAUGCCGAUGUUCAGAGUACCGAAUUAGACGGGGAUGCCACACAGCCGUUACCACCAAUGGCUCCGCUACCACUCUUAGACAACUCCGAGCAAACCAUUUGGUCGGCAGGCGAAAACGAUACUGUCACCCCUGCGCGGGGCGUUGCUGCAGCAGCCUCGGAAGACGAGGAGGCGAAUAAGUCGGUUGCGAGCAGUUCCAGACCCACUACCUCGGCUGAAGACCAGUUGAUGGAGAGUUCUUCUGUCCUCAAUGUCGAACGCGGGAGUCAACGCAAGAACUUCUCUCACCUCUCUGAGUAUGUACGUGAUGUGAUUAAACGCGUGUCGGAGGAGCCUUCUCGAACCGGACUCCCACCCUCACCGAAAUUCAUGCGUCUUCUGUCUCCUGAAGAACAGGGGCGACAGCAAAGACUGACACCUGGAAGUUACGCUGCCGAUGCUGCUGCUGCGUCUGGUGCUGCUACCACCUCAUCUUCCCUUGACUGUUUCGCAAAUCCUGAUGAGGAGGUUAGCGAGCGCCGCAGAUCCUCUGUCAUUGUCUACAGAGAGUUGUCUGACUCCCAGGGGUCUGCU